UGCUGAGUAGUCGUAGAGUCAAGUCCGCAUGUUCGACGCAGUUUAUGCUUGCUUACGCAAGUAGUGAUUUGAGUGUAUAUUCUCCAAAUAAAGUAGAAUCCUUAUUAAACCCUGUAUUUGGAAACAAUUGGAUACCUGCCUUUGCAGUUGUUCAUCAUAACUAGAUUCAUUGCAUUUGUCAUCCUUGGGAUUUUCGAAGUUACCAUUGAAAAUGAAUAGCAGAAAAAGGAAGAACAAAACAUAGUGAAGUAUAAAUUCACCGCACAAAAAGUGAACAGCACCGAAUGUGUUUUUAAUAAGUGUGUUUAAUUGUCUUCCGGAAGGUAAACGUGGCACUAGACAGUUACAUCUUAAUUGUAAAGUAUUGUGACAAAUGCAAGGACAAAAUUUCCUCAAAUUUCUAUAAAUGGGACCAAAUGAAAUAUAAUUUAAUAUAGUAAAGUCGCAACCAGUCUCAAGUCAUGUGAUUUCUUCUUUUAUCUCUCCUGCAUCAGCGAAUAAGAAAAAAAUCCAAGAUGCAUGGUUCAGCUGGCCUCCACUCGGCCAUGGCCAUUAAACGCCAACGACGAAUGAGAGAACAAGCUAAACGACGAGCACUGGAACGAGAAAGACGUUUGUCCUCACGCACCAGCAGUAUGGACAGCAUGGAACAUCUUCCAACCAAGAAAAUUCCGCACCACGCUCCACCGGAUCAUCGACUAGCCACUUCAAUUGGAAUGCUUCACAUUGGAGUAUGCUUCUUAGUGUUCGGCCUCUUCCUUAUAGGGUCGGGGCUUUUGCCCGAUGAUAUGGUAACUUGGAGAGGGGGAGGAUGGUGGAACGAACUUGUUGCAACAGGCAUUUUUGUCGCCGCUUUGGGUGUUUUCCUUAUUGCGCUUAAUCGCGUUAUGUCUAGACGCGAAGAAGAAGAUCUCAACGAGUAUGUUUCUAGACAACUUACAAGAUCUAGGAGUGGUCACAGAUUAGAGCGCGAUGUGGAAACAGGUUGCUUAACUACUAAGAACCACAGAAGAAUUUUAGAAAAAAAGCGAGAAGACGAAGAAAGAGGGUUUACCGACAUUACACCAGUUCAUUCGCCGCAAUCGAAAAUAGCACCCAAUAAUAUACAAAAUGGGGAUGCAUAUUUAGAAAAAAUUAUUGAAGAAGAUGUUUUUGAAAAGGCGUCAGAUGAAAUAAAACCUCCAGAGAAUAAAGAGACAAUGUCUACGACAACGACAGCUAGUUUAAGUCCUGGAACUCCUUCAGAAACUAGGGAACUAAUUUCAAAUGCCCGACAAUACAGUUUUAAUUCAAGACAGUAUUAAAUUAAAUUGGAAAUAUACUACACAAUGAAUGGCUCAAACGCAAAGAGAAAGGGACUAAUUGUUUAACAAGGGAAAACUUAACGUAAAACAUGCAUCUGAUGUAAUUAAUGGUUAAUGCAAGCAGUAAUUUUGAAUAUACACAAAGCCAAAUAUUGUAUACCUGUUUUUAAAUUUGUUUUACACUGUCAGCUUUAACCAGCUCUUAUAACAAUGUAUAACAUACAUCUGAGCUGUACAAAUUUAUCACGCUUAUUAUUUCCUGGUUUGCAAAUUAUUAAUUUUAUAAAAAAAACAUAUUUUACAGUAGAAAAUUACAGCAGUCUAAAAAUAACAAAGAAAAUUACAUACAUUUCUCUAACAUAAUGAAAGUUAAGUAAAAAUGACAACUUUUAGUAAACACAUCACAGAAAUUAUUAAUACUGUACCUACAGUCGUCAACAACUUUGUAUUUUAAGUUGAAUAUUUUUGUUAUUUCAAUGUUAGUUAAGUUAUACGUACGUAUUUAUGUUUACAAAAAAACAGUAGUUACUAACUCUUAUAAGCAGAUUUAAAAAAUACGCCUUAUCUCGAAAUUGAAAGAAAUUUGAUUUUUACAUACUUAACGAAUAAACGUUAUAAAUUAUAAUAGAACAAAGUAAUCUAAAAUGUUAUCCAAAGUCCGUCCAAGACUUACGUAGGUCCGGACACUUAUUUUAAAAUUAACACAACUUCAACGUGCCUUUUCAUAAUAUUUAAUUCCUGUAUUAACUAUGUUGGUCGAUAUUAAUACAGCACAUUUUAUUAUAGCACGCAUGCAUCAUAAAGCAAAUGGUUUUUGGUGUGUUUACUGAUGAGUUGUUUCCACUUAUUAAUAUGAUAACAGUAAUUGAUACUCACUUUUAUUAGCUUGUAAAUCAUUUUAACUAGUGUGAUUACGAUUUUCAGUAGCUAUACUUAGAUAAAAAAAAUCUUGUAUAUUGUAGAAAAAAAUAUCUUCUAUUCCUAAAAAAAUUUCUCUAGUUAUACACAAUUCUGCAUAUCUGAGCAAAUUAUAAUAUUUAUAUACACACAAAUUUUUAAAAUCCAAAAGCACCACCCCAAAAUGCACUGUGAUUUUUUAAGAUUUUUACAAUUAUAUAGAUGUACAUAUUUUGUAGCUUUUUCUAAGAAGAUAAAUCUGUGCGUUAGCUUUUCGUUAAUUUUGUACACUUAGAUGUUUUAAUAAUUAGAUAUGCGCUUAAAAUACAAGCAAAGGAGGACAAUCAAAAGUUCGUCCCCUUAUUUACUGUUGUAUUAAUUACAUAACACAAAUUAUCACGUGCGAAUUGUUAUGCUCUAUUUUUAAAAAGUUUAUAGUAUUACAGUGACUUCUUCAAAGAGGUAAUGAAAAUAACUUGAAGAUAGAAAAUAACAGUUUGCUGGAAACGGAGUGGUUUGUGUCAUCUACUUUACAGUUGUUGCUUCAUUAUGCUGAUCUAAUGAUGAAUUAAUUAAUUGCGACGCCGAAUUUUACCAUGGUGAUUAAGGGUAUUUUAUUAUAAAAUUAAUAUACUUAAUAAUAAUAUCAUUUGUAGAUGAGGCAAUCAUUCUGUUUUGUCAGUACUUUAUUUAAGGACUUAACUCAUUUCUUAUGACGAUCUCUCAUUGUGAUUAAAAUGCAAGGCUGAUUUUUGUAAUAUUUGAUUGUUGGCAUAAUUUAAGUUGUCAUUAUCAGUGUUUUUAUUGAAAGUAAAGUAGAAUAAAAACUGUAACUGAUUGUUCUAAUUUAUUUUUCUUUAUAGCAACUUAUAUUUUGUGUUUAAGGUGCCAUUAUAGGAUUUUAAUAAAUGUAUUAAAUUUAACAUACUAAAGCUGAUACAGUUUCAUCAAAAUAACAUCACCAUUGCAUAAAAUGUUAUACAUUUUGAAUAAUUUCUGGAUACUAAUAAAUAAUAAUGACAGCUUACGACAAUUUAUGCAUAAAUAAAAAAAGAACAGCGGAAAUCGGAGAUUGACCUGUAUUAUUAAUGGUUUAAAAAUGUUAUUAUGCAUAUAUGUUUUCAUUGCAUUAUAGUAAAAGUAAAUUUGAGAUACCAUAAAAAAGAUGCACAAUAUUAAAUAUGUUCUGAUAUAAGCAUUUCAAAAUAACACUUUGCACAUUUUUUGUUUCGUGUGAAGGAAGCCAAAAGACAGUACGUCAAGAUUCCACCAAAAUUUAGCGAUAUGAAGAAAACAUGGUGGAUUACUUUUGGACUCUAAUUAAGGAAACAAAUUGAUUUAGUUGAGUACUAGCUCAGCAGAAAAUUUCAUUUACUACAGCUGUAGUGAAAUGUAUCAACAUUUAAGAUACUUGUAGUAAUGAAGGAGAGUAUAUGAAGAAAGAAAGUUGUAAGCAAUAUUUUAAAAUUUUCACUAAAUAUAUUCUUGAUAUUUCUCUGUGAAUAUCUUAAAAUCUUGCCUACUCCAUUGCUUUCACAUAACACUUCUGUAAACUAGUGAUAUCGGUAACACGUUUAUAUAAAUAUCUGUAUAUAGAACCUGUAGUGACAAAGUGUUUUCACUAGCAAAUAACACACGUAACUAACAUACAGAUAAAACACAAUAAGAUCAACUCUUUUACUUUCCCUCUUCAACAUUAAGUGAAAUUAACCUUAUUUCACUGGAAUUUUAAAAACAUAAGAAAUUAUAUUUAAAAUUAAUUGUAUACUUAUACGUAUACAAGAAAUUUAGUACGACAUGAAAACCAUGAUAAGCAUAUAGAAAGUGCAAUUAAAUGUUUUAAAAUGUUUAUAUCAGUGACAUUUUUAAAAGUUAUUUCUGCAAGAAAUUUAUUAAACUAUGAAUAUAUUUUAAGAUCUUUUAAGAUUAAAAACGUGUUUUUCAUACAUAAAUUUAUUCCACGUUCAACGUUACGGUAGAUCUACAACAAUAUAGUAUUAUAGUUAACAACCUAGCAUUAUAGUUCUUUCUAGCUAUGCAUGUUUUCUUACUUUUGUAUAUACUAUACAACUUGCAUUUCAAUAAAUGUUAAAAAACUUA